UUCCCCUCACCCCUCUCUCUCUAUCAUCUCUUUCUCUCUCUAAACUUUGACGAACACGAGGAGAAUCGAAACAAUUGCCCUGAAUUUCGUCCUCUGCGAUCUCGUUGCUCAAACUUUCAGUUUUAUUGUGAAUAUGUACUUUGGUUUCUCCAGCUAACUUAUUUCUGAUCCAGAUUCGCGCAGACUACGAGACAGGAUUCAUUUGGAAAUGGCGAAAGGUGGCAGGGGACGUCAAAGGCUCACUUCGCGACACUACAGAUCAGCUCCAUACCCAUUGCGCUUUGAUCAGGAUAUUAUGGAAGAUUUGCGCCCAAAGAAAUGCUCCAAAACUUGGGACAAUAAAGACUGGGAAGAUGUAACAUGUUCCGUAUGCAUGGAGUACCCUCACAAUGCUGUCCUUCUCCUGUGUUCUUCUCAUGACAACGGCUGCAGACCUUACAUGUGUGGGACUAGCUUCCGUCAUUCCAACUGUCUUGACCAAUACAAGAAAGCUUACACUAAAGUAGUUUCAACCAAUCACGGACAAAGCUUGCAUGGCUCUGCUGAUAAUCCCAUUGUAAUACAAGAUUCCAGCUCGGCUGUUGAGAACACUGAAGUCACAGAGCUUGCUUGCCCCCUAUGUAGGGGCCAAGUGAAGGGAUGGACUGUGGUCGAUCCUGCCCGAGAAUAUCUGAAUGCCAAAAAGAGAAGCUGCGUCCAUGAUGAUUGCUCGUUCAUUGGAAACUAUAAGGAGCUCAGGAAGCACGUUAGAGCAGAGCACCCCUCUGCACGACCACGUGAAGUGGAUCCUGCUGUCGAGCAGAAGUGGAGAAGGCUUGAACGGGAGCGUGAGAGGAAUGACGUAAUCAGCACUAUAACAUCAACCAUGCCGGGGGCAAUGUUUUUCGGAGAUUACGUAAUAGAAGGAAAUAAUUAUUACGGAUUCAUUUCAGAUGAUGAGGGUGGUACGGAUGCAGGUGCUGGAGAAAGAAACGGGGGGUUUGAGAUGGGUUUUGAUAGUAAUUUAGUGAAUGUCUUUCUCUUACUGCACGCUUUUGGGCCAUCAGGGGGAGAUGAACUCAAUAGAAGGCUGCCUCAGCCAGCAAUGCCUUUCCGCCAGACAACGAAUGGUAGUGCUGGUGGAAUUCGGCACACAACUCCUGUAGGUGGUGCAGAGUCCUCCGAUCAAGAUGAUGAUAAUGACAGUCAUGAUGACGAUGAUGAUGGCGGAGGUGAUAUGUCAUUGGCCAGCCGCCUCCGCCGACAUGGUAGGGUGUUAAUGGGACGCUCUGGUCGUCGGAGAAGACGAAGAGAGUUAAAUGGUGGUUCAAGAUGAGAUAUUGUUGUGAAAGGAGGGGGAUACGGGAAAAGUUUCUUAGGUACAUAAAAUUUAGGAGACAUUAGAAAACAACAACAAUAAGCUAAAAGGAUUUAAUUUCUCACAUAUGGAGGGAUUACUUUCGUUUGAAUUGCGGGGAUAAGAAAAACUGGGAAUAUGGCUGUUCUCUUUCCCCAUGUGUAUGAAUUCUUCUCUCUUUUCAAGUUGUACUUUUUCCUAUUUAUCUUCAAUCCUCCUGUUAAAGCUAGAACAGGUCCGUGUAUGAAAUUUACUAGUGUAAUUGUAUUUGUAUCUGUUCUGAGUUUUUAACGGUGAACAUGAGGUUGACUGGGUAGUCACCCAAAUUAAUUUGUUGUUCUCUUAAGGCAGGGCUUUUUGGUUUAGUUAUUAUUAUUAUUUUUUGAA